ACUUUGAUACAAGAAAAAAGAAAAAAUGGACGAAAUCGAAAUCGAAACAGACAAAUACAUGUAUGAAAAAGAAUACGUUGACGAUCUAGAAAAUGGGAACCGUACAUAUGGAGAAAACAUUACUUAUGUGGCAAUUAGCCCAGAUGGUUCGAUAGUAGCGACGUUUAAUCCAUAUGGCUCUUCCAUAUCAAUUACAAAAUUAACAACAAAUGAAAAGGCGAAAAUACCAUUUGAUAUAAAUAAAUUCAAAAAGUCUAACAUUCUUGGAUGGUCUUUAGCAGUUUCGGACAUAAUUAAUACCGAAUAUGAUACUUGUUUGGUCGCAAUUUCUUGUGUAACUGACAAAGACAUAAAUCCAAAAGAAAUUGAGGAAGGCGGUCUUCGAAAACUUUUUAAACUUUUUAUCAAAAAACAAUUAUCAUUCUGGGAUUCUCAACUCUUUUUAAUCUUAUUAUUUAUUUCAUAUAUUGCUAUCUCUACUUUUAUCCUUACUUUCGUUUCUGAUUUUGAUGUUAAACAAUUUCGAUUAUCCUGUACUUCUGGUGAAGGGAUGAUAAAACUUAUUAAAUUUUCAUUUAAUAAUGAUAAUGAUAACAACAAAGAUAACAACUAUUUGAUACAACAUCAUGGUGGAGUACUUACAUUUUUAAAAAAUUCCAAAAAUUCUUUGAAGAAUCGUGUAACACUUAUUUGUAUGAACUGUGUAAAAAUACAAAAGAUUAAUAUUAAAUUGAACAAAAACAUUUCUAUACCAAAAGAAGGCAGUACAUAUUUACUACCUGAAAAUUUAUUUAAAAAAUUAGAAAGUUUUGAGGAUUCAAGAUGCAAUUGGAAGUAUCUUUUAAAAUCUAAAUUUCAAGAAUAUUUAAUGGUUGAUACAAGAGGUCAUCAAAAAAUAAAUAUUGAAAUAUAUGAUGUUAAUAAUUUACAAUUAGUGAAUGUUUUUUAUAAGCAUUGUGAAGAAGACUGUUUAAUUGAACCUGGAAUAUUUGCGAUAUCGACAGAUUCAAGAUUAUUUGCUUAUUCUUAUGGAAAUAACACUAUUACUCUUUAUUUAAUGGAAAGUGGUCUUGAAGUUGUUUCAAAAAAAUUUGAUAAUAUUUAUAAAAUUAAAUUUUUAGAAUUUAUUGAAAAAGAUAAAAAAUUAUUCAUAAUUGAAGAAGACAAAGAAAAUAAUAUGAAAUUUUAUGUUUGGAUUAUAUCAGGAUGUUUAAAUGAUUAUUUUUCUAUUUCUAAAGAUGAUAUUGGCUUAUCAGAUAGUAAUAUUCUUACUCCGUCAAAAUAUGAUGGGCACUUUAAUACUUUAACAAAAGCAAACGGAAAAGUAGUAUUUCAUAAUAAAUUUUUUGAGGAUCAGUUUAAAGUUGUACAAGAGAUAACUUUAAAAAGAACAACUUUUGGAGAGAACGACAAUGCGACUGAAUCGACUGAUGAGCAUGAAUAUAAGUCAUGUGAUCUAGAACCAUGGAAUAAUAGUACAAAGGCUAUUCGUGGUAGAUUUCUUAAUAAUGACAGAAAACUUCUCCUUAUAAUUGGUCAAAAUAGUAUUCAAUUAUGGAAAUCUAAAUCCAUAAAUUUUGUAGAUUUUAACAAUUUCAGAAAUUUUGAAAAUUCGAACCUUGUUUAUAUUUUGAUAAGCGACAAAAUCAAACCAGAAACAAAAACUAAAUUUCUAAUUGAUGAUGAUAUGACUACUGUAAUAACUCACGCAUGUAAAUCACUCGCCUACCUGUAUAAACAUACAAAAAGAAUCAACUCUAAAGAAAAACAUCAAAAUUUUGUUAGUGGAAUCACAAAUAUUAUCAAAGACUUUAUUAAAAGAUAUCCUGAUAAUUGGAAACUCAUGGAGAUUCAAUAUCCUUUAAUGUCAUAUCUAAUUUAUUCACGUUCGUUUUCUUUAAUCAAAUACAUUCUGUUUGAUGUUAAUGGUCAAGUUACUGAAAAUUUACAUAAACCUCAAAAUAAAUACGUUUCUUAUCCAUACUAUAAUGAUUUGGAGUUAUGUGAUGACUUGGAAUUAGAAGACACGUAUCUAAAAUCGGCCAAUGAUUUGACAUUAGCUUUAAAAUUUUGUCAAGAUCGAGAUGCUGUUAUGUUAGCAUAUUUAUUAGAAUAUUACUCUGAAAAUUCUAUGACUCAUAUUGGUUGGAUGAUUAAUGUUACAAAAAUACUUCCGGACUUAUCAAAAUUAUCUAAUCAUGAUUAUUAUGGUAAUUAUAUGGAUUUGUUACUAUAUAAACCUUGUUUUGGAGAAAUGAAGUACAAUUUUCCAAUUAAAAAAUUCCGAGCAUUAUCAGUUUGUCAAGAUACAUUAGAAGUAUAUGUGCCUCUUACUAAUCUUUUAUCAACAAAUACUUCGGAUAUUUUUUUAUAUUAUAAAAUGAGAGAGGAUAUAUCACCUAACACUUAUAUGGUUCCACUUCCGAAUUUUACAACACAUGAUACAAAAGUUGAAGGAAAGAUCAAAAAAGGAAUUAUACCUUUUUUGAGAAAGACAUUAUUUCCACCUGGCUAUAAGAACUUAGAGGAUGGAAAUUUUAGUUCAUUUCUUCGAAUUAAAAAGAAUGAAAAUGCAUUUUUUACUAUUCCAUCUAUAGAAGCAGCUAUAAAUUCAAGAUGGUAUCAAGCAAUGGCAUAUUGGAUAAGACCAUUAGGUUUAUAUGCUAUAUUUUUAAUUUUGUUUGCCAUUAUUCCUCAGUUUAAACCAGUAGUUGCAGUAGAUACAACUGGUGAUACAAUUAUACUUACAAUUGAUACAACAACUUACUCACUUGAGCAAAUCGGAAUUGGAAUAUUUUAUUACAUUGGGUUAUAUUUAUUAAUAAAUGAAUUUAUGCAAAUAAGGAAGUAUAAGAUCAAAUACAUUACAAUGUUUAAUUUAUUUGAUCUAAGCAGUAUUAUUUUGGGUAUAAUUGCUUUUUCUUUGUUAAAUUAUACAAAUGUAUACCAAAUCAGUAAUGAGGCAAUAAGCAUUAUAUAUACAAUAGUUACAUUAAUACUUUGGAUUGAAAUGCUCUUAUGGCUUCGAAUAUUUUCAGUAAUAGCCAUAAAUAUAUUUAUUUUUGGCAAUAUUUUAAAAAAGAUCAUACCAUUUUUUACAUUUAUGUUUAUUUUAAUAAUUGGAUUUGGGAAUUCAAUAAUUUUUCUUCUUGGAAACGCGUCAUAUAGUGCUAUAGCCUCAUCAAGUUCAACUUAUAAAUUAAAAGAUGAAGAUGCAGAAUAUAAUUUAACAGGUCCAACUCAAGAAAAUCCUGCUGAUACAAUAUGGAAUGCUAUACUUUCCAUGUACUAUUUGGGUACAAUUAAUUUGAAUAAUUAUAGUGAUAAUUUGCCAUUAAAGUUAUUUGCUUUUGUUGCUAAUGUUGUUAUAGUUCUUGUUCUAUUUAAUAUGAUUAUUGCAUUGAUGAAUGAUAUAUUUAAAAAAGCCAAAAAUGAUGGUAAUCUUGGACUUUUGAUGUAUAGAAAAGAACUUAUUGAUGAUUUUGAAAGACUUGAUAUUCCCCUUAAUGAUCUUCAACUACAUGAUUCACCAUAUAUUUGUUAUCUUCAAGAUCCUGACUUGAUGAAAAAAUGGAUGAAAAAAUCUCAAGAGCUUAGAGAAACAAAAUUAUAUUCAUGGUUUAAAGAGAGUGUUGAUAAAGAAAAUAUAACUUAUGAUGGAGUUGACAUUACACCUUGGUAUGAACUUAUUUCAAGUAAUGAGAAUCAAGAUUCUAUAUCAACUCCUGAUCAUAUGACACUUUGGUUCUAG